UUGUCUUUCUUGACCUAAAGGGAACCGUAACGUAAAACGUUCAUAGCAUAUGAUAGAAAGAUGAAAUGUGGGCCGUUGCCACAGCAGCGGAUGAGAUAUGGUCAGCACUAAGAAAGCACAUUAUAUAAACGUGACAGAUAACGCGUUGCAUAAUGGUGGAUUCUGACCAAUCAGAGCGCUCCAUUUACCCCGGGGCAGACACUGGACGGACAUUAUCCGGUGGAAGAAGUGUUAACCCGGCGUUUCGAUGUUGUGAUAUACGUUUGAGUGAACUCGGAUGUGCGAUACCUUUGUGUGGACCAACUUUACACGCGGAGACAAACUGGGGAUAUUUCAGCGUCUCCUACUUUUUUCGAGCUCGCGGGGCUUCACCCACGCCUUGUGCGACGGCUAACUGAAAUAAAACAUUUGCAGCUGGUUGUUUUGGGGGGAAUCCUUUUACCACCUUUCUAACCUCACCUGGAUUAAAGAGAGAACGCGGGGGAACAUGGCGGUCAACACCAUCCACUGGUUCAGGAAGGGACUGCGCCUGCACGACAACCCGUCUCUAAGGGACUCCAUCCGGGAUGCGGACUCCCUGCGCUGCGUUUACAUCCUGGACCCCUGGUUUGCAGGCUCCUCCAAUGUGGGCAUCAACAGGUGGAGGUUUCUGCUGCAGUGCUUGGAGGACUUGGAUGCCAGCCUGCGCAAACUAAACUCCCGCCUGUUCGUCAUCAGAGGCCAGCCUACAGACGUCUUCCCUCGGCUUUUUAAGGAAUGGCAGACUAGCCGUCUAUCCUACGAGUACGACUCUGAGCCGUUUGGCAAGGAACGGGACGCUGCCAUCCAGAAACUAGCCAGCGAGGCUGGGGUGGAGGUCAUGGUGCGGACUGCUCACACCCUCUACAAUCUGGACAAGAUCAUAGAACUCAACGACGGUCAGUCUCCGCUCACGUACAAGCGCUUCCAGGCACUCGUCAACCGCAUGGACGCCGUGGAGCUGCCUGCAGAGACAAUCACAUCCGAGGUCAUCAAAAAAUGUGCCACACCCCUCAGCGAAGAUCACGAUGACAAGUUUGCGGUGCCCUCCCUGGAAGAGCUUGGUUUUGAGACAGAAGGCCUGACCACAGCAGUAUGGCCAGGUGGAGAAACAGAAGCCCUCAUGAGGCUCGAGCGACACCUGGAGAGAAAGGCGUGGGUGGCAAACUUUGAGCGGCCGCGAAUGAACGCCAACUCCCUGCUGGCCAGUCCCACCGGCCUCAGCCCCUACCUGCGCUUCGGGUGUCUCUCUUGUCGGCUCUUCUACUUCAAGCUCACUGAUCUUUACAGGAAGGUCAAGAAGAACAGCACCCCGCCACUUUCCCUGUACGGUCAGCUGUUGUGGAGGGAGUUCUUCUAUACGACUGCCACCAACAACCCCUGCUUUGACAAGAUGGAGGGAAACCCUGUUUGUGUACAGAUCCCCUGGGACCGAAACCCAGAGGCCCUGGCCAAGUGGGCAGAGGGACGCACGGGCUUUCCCUGGAUUGACGCCAUUAUGACCCAGCUGAGGCAGGAGGGCUGGAUCCAUCACUUGGCGAGGCAUGCCGUGGCCUGCUUCCUCACAAGGGGAGACCUCUGGGUCAGCUGGGAAGAAGGCAUGAAGGUGUUUGAAGAGCUGCUCAUAGAUGCGGACUGGAGUGUAAAUGCUGGCAGCUGGAUGUGGCUUUCAUGCAGUUCGUUUUUCCAGCAGUUUUUCCACUGCUACUGCCCAGUGGGAUUUGGAAGACGCACGGACCCCAACGGGGACUUCAUACGGCGUUAUUUGCCCGUCUUGAGAGGCUUUCCAGCCAAAUACAUCUAUGACCCUUGGAAUGCCCCGGAGGAAGUGCAGAAGGCAGCCAAGUGCAUCGUAGGAGUCCACUACCCGAGGCCUAUGGUCAACCAUGCCGAGUCCAGCCGCGUCAACAUAGAGCGCAUGAAGCAGAUCUACCAGCAGCUUUCCAGCUACAGAGGACUGGGCCUGCUGGCAACAGUACCUGCCAAUCCCAACAGUGUUGCAAAUGACGGUAUCUUCGGGGUCGUCAAUUCGGGGGCCAGUCGUGGUCCGGGAGGCUCCUCUGAAGGCAUCUCCACAUAUGCAGCAUCAUCAUUUCAAACGGAAAGGGGAAAUUCCACGCAGAAGCGCCGGCGUGAAGAAGACAUUUCACUCCAAAGCAGCGCUAAAUCUUGGAGGCAGAGCAACUAGUGUGCAAACAGAAGAACACAAAGGGUCCCUCAGUCAUCUGGAUAUCCUCUUCUCUUAAUGUGCCCUCAGCUGACAACAGAAGUAACUCUAACCAACAACCACAGCUAGAACCAGAAAUCCAUAACAUGUCUUGGUCUCCAGAUGGGACGUGCCACGCAUCUCAUGAACCAUGGAAGGAAUUCAGAGACAAUGCUGAUAUUGAACAGAAAAAGAACACCAUAAGAGGAAAAAAACAAUCAGUCUUCCACUACAGUCGACUGUCGAAACAACAGAUGCCUUUUCCCCCUCAACACCCCACAUCAGUUUGGCAUUGGGGUAAAAGUAAUUCAGCAGAUCAGCUGAAUGUGUAUCGAAGCGUCAGUUCUCAUUAAUUGUUGGAUCAAUAUGUUUUCAAUACCUGACUGCCUCAGGCUGCACAUCUUUAUGUGAGAAUCUCCCAUCUGAAUGAUGGGGAAAAAAUAACACGGUGUGAAAAAUAUGAGAGAUUUCUUGUGCACCACUGUUGGCACGGAGACGCGUUAUGUGUCAGCGUUUUUUUUCUCUCAAAUAUUUAGGACACAAACUGCUGAUGUACAGUAAUAAGGAAUAUUAUGUUGGGCGUCUCAGCAGGCCUUCAUUAUACAUUCAUACAUAUUGUAAAUAAUGUUAGAGUUUCUAACUUUUGUAUAUUCUGUUUUGUGCUUUCCAAACUAAUUUUGUAUAAUUGUGUAUUUAACCAAAACUUAAAAGUUCCACUGUGAAUGUGUUUUUUUAGUUUCCCAGGUGAUUGUAAAUUAUUAUUUUUUGUAUAAAUACCAAAUUCAACUAAUGAAAUGGCAAUAAAUGACAGAAACUUA